AUGUCGGGAACACAACCAGCAAGUGGUGGCGAGCACCGAGACUUUUCCCGCGAUGCUUUGUUUGAUCUCUCGGGCAAGGUCGCUCUCGUAACAGGUGGUGGCUCUGGCAUCGGCCUCAUGGCCACUCAAGCCCUCGCUGUCAACGGCGCAAAGGUCUACAUCACCGGCCGCACAAAGGAGAAGCUCGACACCGUCGUCGAGAAGUACGGCAAGAACAUCGCCGGCGAGAUCAUCCCCAUCCAAGCCGACAUCGGCAACAAGGAGGGUAUUCAGAAGCUCUACGAGGAGUACUCCUCCCGGGAGAACUGCCUCUGCAUUCUCGUCAACAACGCUGGUAUCUCAAGCAACUCUUUCCAGGUCGAGGCCGAUUCUGCGCAGGAGAUGAAGGAGAACCUCUUCGACAACAAGGAUGCUACAUUCGAGGACUGGAACUCGACGUACAACACCAACGUUACGGGCAUGUACUUCACCACUGCUGCUUUCUUGCCGCUUUUGCAGAAGAGCAGUGAGAAGCAUCAGGGCUGGAGUUCAACUGUCAUCAACAUCAGCUCCAUCAGCGGUCUUAUCCAGAAGUCUCAGCAUCACUUUGCCUACAACGCCUCCAAGGGCGCAGCCGUGCAUCUCACACGCAUGCUCGCCGCCGAGAUCGUGAGCAACAAGCUCAAGAUCCGCGUCAACGGUAUUGCGCCUGGUGUCUUCCCCUCCGAGAUGACCACCGAUGGAAGUGAUGAGGCGCAGAAGAGCUUCAUCCCCAAGGAGAAGUAUGCUGAGAAGGUUCCCGCUGGACGGGCUGGCAAGGAUCAGGAUAUGGCUGCUACAGUGCUGUUCUUUGCUACGAACCAAUACUUGGUGGGACAGACUGUUGCUGUUGAUGGUGGCUACACUAUUGCCGCUGGUCAGUAA